UAGUUACGUCAGUGUCAGUCACAGUGCCGUCAGGGUCGUCAAUGAAUGGUUGGUUGAUAGUUGUUGUCAAAUUUUAAAAACAGUGAACUGUGCCACAUAUCCAAAAGCUAAACAAGAAUGAGUGGGGAAAAAAGUGUUAUUUUGGUGACUGGAGGGACCGGCCUUGUAGGCCAGGCCAUUAAAACCGUCAUAGAAGAAGAAAAACAGCAACAGAAAUCAAAUAAUGAAACUUGGAUUUUCUGUGGCUCUAAGGAAGCAGAUCUAAGAGAUAAAGCUCAAACAGAGGCAUUGUUUGAGAAACACAAGCCCACUCAUGUGAUUCACUUGGCUGCAAUGGUUGGAGGGCUGUUUCACAACAUGGCUCACAACUUAGACUUCUUUAGAGAGAACAUGGCAAUCAACGAUAAUGUAUUGAACGCCAGCUACAAACAUAAUGUGAAGAAAGUCGUGUCAUGCUUAUCAACAUGCAUUUUUCCUGAUAAAACUACGUAUCCUAUUGACGAGACUAUGGUCCACAAUGGUCCCCCUCACACCUCUAAUUAUGGCUACAGCUAUGCAAAAAGGAUGAUUGAUAUUCUAAAUAGAGGCUACCACGAGACGCACGGCUGCACGUACACGUCGGUGAUCCCGUGCAACGUGUUCGGGCCGCACGACAACUACAACCUGCAGGCCAGCCACGUCAUACCCGCGCUCAUCAGGAGGAUGGACGACGCUAUGCAGAAAGGUGACUCGACGUUCACAGUGAUGGGCAGCGGCAAGCCCCUGCGCCAGUUCAUAUACUCGCUGGACUUGGCGCGCCUCUUCAUUUGGGUGCUCAGGAACUACAACAGUGUGGAGCCUAUCGUGUUGUCCGUCGACGAAGAGGACGAAGUGACUAUCAGCACGGUAGCGGAAAUGAUAAAGAAAGCGCACAAUUACCCCGGCGAGAUUGUGUAUGAUACCACCAAAGCCGAUGGCCAGUAUAAAAAGACGGCUUCGAACAAAAAACUAAGAAGUCUGUACAAAGACUUUAAAUUCACGCCUUUUGAGACUGCGAUACACGACACUGUAGCCUGGUUCAAGCAGAAUAGGGAUCAUGCUAGAUUGUAAUUGGAAUCGAAGUUAUUCUAAAAAAUAUGGCUGUAAAUAAAAUUAAAUGUUUAUUGUAUAAAUUGUAAUUAUUUAAUGCGUAAGCGCACAUGAUAUUAAAAGUUGAGCAUGUCAAUACUGAAAAAGUAAAUAAAGAGGUGCAAAUAACUA